AUGGAGAUUAGGCUUGUCGCCUGCGAGCGUAUGUCAGGGACACAAUGCUCGAAAAAGACUCCAUUGAGUUUGUGCUUCGUGAAGCAGCUUGUCUGCAAUGGAGAUGAGGCUUGUCGCCUGCGAGCGUAUGUCAGGGACAAAAUGCUCGAAAAAGACUCCAUUGAGUUUGUGCUUCGUGAAGCAGCCUGUCUGCAAUGGAGAUGGGGCUUGCUGCCGCCAUGUGUAUGUUCGUAA